AUGACAAUUCGUUUUUUAUUGGACUGGAUCGAUUGUCUUAUACGCGAGAGGCACGAUCUAAGGAAAGUCAAAGUAUCGGAAAGUGAUGAAGCGGUGCACCGACUUACAAUUCAUGAUUUGCGUGCUUCAUGGACCCCGGAAAAUCGUGAUACGUGCUUGGCCAUUGCGGAUGGUGUUCAUAAAGCCCAUAUUUUGCGACGUAUUUUAGGAACAGAUGCAAUGAAAACACCAAGUUUUACGGAAUCGGGAGUUCCAGCACCACACUCAGCUACUUUAAAUGGUGUGAGUACGACAAGGUCGACUGUCUCAAGAUUACAUUCUGAUUCUGAAAAAGCAACAAAUCAAUUACGAUGUGGUUCUGAUAGACAAGUGACAGAAGAAAAUGAUAUGUUGCAGCGACUAAUAGACGAAGCGAGCACGAAACUUGUCGCUUACGAUGAAGAAACAACUGACACUCCUGCAGAUAUGUUACAAGGAAUUGCACUGUGUUCCGCUGACGACGUAGUAUUGAUUAAUUGGCAAAUUGAUCUUAUUAAUAGCCAAGCCGUUUUACGCGGAAAAGAAAAGGACGGAUUUGUUUUACUAACUGCUGCCCGUGCAUCUGUGACUCAGCGUAUCUAUGCAUUAGUUUGGAAAAAAUCACAAUUGUUGAGUAAGAAGUCAUGGUGUGCAACAUUUUCCGGGAUGCAGUACUUCGCACCUCUGGUAAUGUCUCAGCAUCUCAACCCAUCAGGUUCUUCGUCGGAAUCAAUUCAGCAAGGUUUUCAUUGGUUGAACCGAGAUAUUAUUGAGGAAAAAACAUGCAGUGAUCCUAAUAUCAGUGAUCGCUUGAAUCCUUAUAUUAGCACUGGAGAAGCUGUGGGCGGUGUAGUUGUUGAUCAUGGUAAUGUAGCACAAACUGAGGGGAAACUACAGUUACAACGAGUUGUUUCGAGAUGUAGUUGUCAAAUGUAUUUUUGCUAUUUUUCGGAUACAUUAGAUUUGGAUACUCAUGAUAUUCCUUAUUCGGUUAGCACCAAUCCCGAGCAAUACCAAAUGGUGAUGAACAUUGUAAAUCAAUUGGUUCUUUUUGUGGAUCCACGAAAGAAAGAAAGUGAUCGUCGGCGACAGCGAUUGCGUUUUGAGUUACAACUUAAAGAUGUUGAUGAAGUAAAAUCGGCUAUUUUUGCCAUGCAGGCAGAACUACGAGAUGUUAUUGCGGUAAUCCGUUCAUUGGAAAGACGUUUAUUUUUCCUGAACAGGCAGUUACAGGAACCUGGCAAUGACGAUGCGAUAUUGGAGGCUAACAAAACUGUGACUGCAGAAAUCGAUGAAAUGAAAAAAAAUCAAAUUGUUCUCAGUGAUGAAUUAGCAAUGACUAUAAGUUGUUAUAAAGAGAAACAAGUGGAAAGGAUGCGACAGCUGGUUAACGCUGCUGAGGAAGAGCAAGCUGCUGUGGCUAGAAGAUUUGAAGUUUGUUUCGAAGACUGUAUUUGGAGGCUUACAGAAAGUGAUGGUCAAAUUGCACUUGCAGAAAUGCAAAUACGAAAUUUUUUGUAUACACGUACGGCGCGUAUAGAUAAUUCUGGUGAGCAUUUAUUGGAAAUUGGAACUGUACAAGUUACUAAUCUACUUCCAGAUACCCUUUAUAAGCAUACUCUACAAGCUCAAAAUACAUCACGAAGAAAAAAUGAACGUCAACCCGCAUCAAUUCGUGUUGUUUGUCGAGAGAAAGCGCCAGUUGGCGGAAUUUCGGUGAAGGAACAUUUCGAGAUCAAUGUUUCACCCAUGAAUGCUCAAAUUACGUAUAGAUUCUUCGAAAAAAUGAUGGAGUACUUUUUUCCUGGAAGGAAUAUCGACAAAGAAGAUCAACGGAAUCUUGAUACGAAUGAAGAGCCGCAGAAUAAUCAGGGUGUAUCAGUUGGGCAAUGGUUACGUGGUGCGAUGAACGGUUCAUUUCGGCGAACGAAUGAUUCCAGACAUUUACGUGAUGAUAUUGACCGUAUGAAGGAGCGGGCUCAAGAAAAUAAUGUUUUUCUGUACAUUAAAAUACCUGAAGUGCCUUUCAUUGUUUCAUACAAGGGAAACAAAGAAAAAAAUAUUGAAGAUGUCGAUCGAUUUCAGCUGGUUUUCCCUUUGUGUGAAUAUCAUGAAAAAAAUUGGACAUGGCUGGACUUGGCUUUAGCAAUUAAACAGCGUUGUCGACGGGUACUGCUUCAACAGUUUAUGAAGCAGAAAUUAUUACGAAAUCGCUUAACAGGUGUAGAACAUUCAUCAAUCGAAAUAGACGAGGAUGAAAAGAAACGGAUUGUUCUUGGAACGACAGCCGUUCCAGUGAAGAAUAAGAAAAAGAAGAAAAACAAUUGA